GGCCGUCGUUCUUCCCGCCCUUCUUCGCCAAGCGGGGCCGGGCAAGGGCCGUUAGCCGAGGGUUUUCAGAACCAGCCUCGUAGGAAAUACGAAGGAAGAGGGGGGGGGAAACGCAACCUACUGAGCUUUGGAGAGACACCUGCAAAUAUUAAAGCAUCUUAAUAACCAUGGAGAAAUACAAUGUGCUAAUGGUACUUGGAGAAGGAUCAUUUGGGAGAGUUCUUUUGGUCCAUCAUAAGAACAGAUGUCAGAAAUAUGCAAUGAAAGAAAUAAGACUUCCCAAGUCUGUCGUUGAUACAGAGAAGUCCUGGAAUGAAUCUAUUCUGUUGGCUAAAAUGAAACAUCCGAAUAUUGUCACCUACGCAGAAUCAUUUGAAGCUGCUGGACAUCUAUAUAUAGUGAUGGAAUACUGUGAUGAUGGAGAUCUAAUGCAAAAGAUUAAACUUCAAAAGGGAAAGUUGCUUCCAGAAGAUACGAUACUUAAUUGGUUUGCACAGAUAUGCCUAGGUGUGAAAUAUAUUCAUGACAAGCGUGUAUUGCACAGAGACAUCAAAUCCAAGAACAUAUUUCUCACACAAAAUGGGAAAGUAAAACUGGGAGAUUUUGGAUCUGCACUACUUCUUACUAGCCCAAUGGCAUAUGCUUGUUCAUAUGUGGGAACGCCUUAUUACGUGCCUCCAGAAAUAUGGGAGAACACACCCUACAAUAAUAAAAGUGACAUAUGGUCUCUGGGAUGUAUUUUAUAUGAGCUGUGCACUCUUAAACACCCAUUUCAGGCCAAUAGUUGGAAACAUCUUAUACUUAAGAUAUGUAAAGGAUACUACAAUCCACUUCCAUCGCACUAUACUUAUGAAUUUCACUAUUUGAUAAAACAAAUGUUUAAGAAGAAUCCCAAGAAUCGUCCAUCAGCUAGCACAAUUCUUUCAAGAAACUGUCUGGCAAAGCAUAUCAGAAAUUUUUCUUCAACAGAGGAGGAAGGAAAAUACUCAAGAAGCAAGAAUAGCCAUUCAGAAGCAGAGGCCAUCUCAAAAGAUUUCUGUGAAAUGGGAUUGGGAAAAACAGGCAUGGAUAAAACAGAAGCUGUUUUACCAAACCCUCACAGACAACAGUGGGAAAAGGGAAGAUCGAGUACUGUGAUCAACAUCCUGGGAAAUGCAUCUUUACUUUCUUCCAGUAUUACAACCAAAGAGGAUACAAGUGGGCAUGUGAGAAAAUAUGAUGAAAAAAUAACGCGGAAGCAGUGGACCAAGGAACCACCUGAAACCUUGAUGAAUAUUCUUCACAAUGCUGAUAUUAGCUUAGCUUUUAAAACGUACACAAUCUACAAAGCAGCCUCAGAUGACCUAUUGAGAGGACCACUUACAGAAGAAAACAAAGCACCUGAUGAACCAGAUGGCGAAACUAUUAUAGAGGAUAGAGAGAGAUUUGAACCUAGAUCAGAUGAGGAAGACACGGAUUUUGAAGCGGAAGAUGAUCCAGACUGGAUUUCUGAACUGAAAAGGAUGACCAAAAUGGAGUGAUUGAAUAAGUGAAUAAUAGAACUGAACAAAUUCAGUUAUAAGAUAUUCAGUGUUGAUGCAAAAACAUUGGUGAACGAUAUAAGCAUACUAAUGACCGUACAGUGAUUCCAGAUGAAAUUCUUCAAACAAACAACAAGCAUCUGCUGACUAAACUGAUUUUUGGCGAUCUUUUGGCGGAAAACAUACCUCUUUCGGAACAAAUGUGAACUUGCUUCUUGAACAUUCUUC